AUGUUCAUCGGAGGAUUGAAUUGGGAGACAACUGAUCAAUCACUCAAAGAUUAUUUUUCACAAUUUGGAGAGGUCCAAGAGUGUACAGUAAUGCGUGAUGGCGCUACGGGACGAUCAAGGGGAUUCGGAUUUCUCACUUUCAAAGACCCCAAGACAGUGAAUACGGUGAUGGUGAAAGAACAUUAUCUGGAUGGUAAAAUUGUAGGUAUCUCCUUUUGUAAUCACCAUCCUCAAGCGAAGCAAGCGGAGAAUACAGCAUCAAUCUGGCGUGCGUCAAAGCUUCGAUUGAGAGCAUCUAGGCUUACAAAGGGAACCAAACAGAUCGAUCCAAAACGCGCCAUUCCUAGAGAUGAGCAAGAACGGACAAGUAAAAUUUUUGUUGGCGGCGUUAGCCAAGAGGCAACCGAGCAAGAUUUUAAACAGUUUUUCAUGCAAUUUGGUCGGGUGGUGGAUGCUACUCUUAUGAUUGAUAAGGAUAGUGGCAGACCUCGAGGGUUCGGGUUUGUAACAUUUGACAGCGAAGCAGCAGUCGAGGCAACCCUCUCUGGACCUUUGGAAAUCCUCGGAAAACCUAUCGAAGUCAAGAAAGCACAGCCGCGGGGAAACAUGCGGGAUGAUGACGAUAGAGGCAGGGGGUCCCGACGUGGCAUGAGGGAUCAGGAUCGCUAUAGCAGGGACAACGAACGCUCUGCCGGCCAGGAUAAUUCACAACAGCAGCAGCAAAACAGCCAGAACCAAGGAGGUCUAACAAGUGGCAUGAGCCCGCAGAUGAUGGCUCAGUACUGGCAGCGUAUGCAACAAUAUUUUGCUUUAAUGCAACAACAAAUGGCAGCCGCCGCUGUUCAGGGCCAACCUGCCGGAGGCGUAAUAGGAAUGGCAGGUAUGAACCCGGCGAUGUUACAGCAGAUGCAACAGAUGCGACAGAUGCAACAGAUGCAACAGAUGGGCGGAGGCGCGCCUCAAUCAGCGAUGAGUACUGGCUCUCAGGGUCCCGGUCCUCAAACGAUGCAAGGGAUGAUGAAUCCAGCAAUGAUGCAGCAGAUGCAGCAGAUGCAACAGAUGCAAAACCAGGGCCCGAGUCCGGGUCCUGUUGGGCCUGGGUUUGGAGGUGAUGGGAUGGGAGGACAGAUGGGCAAUGCCAUGGGACCUGGACCUGGCCCCGGUAUGGGAGGUAACAUGGGUGGGAAUAUGGGUGGUGUCGUGAGCGGGGGUCCACCUGGUGGAAUGGGCGGUGGCGGAGGUGCAAAUAUGGGCAUGAGCGGUUCGGGUGGUAACUUCUCAGGCCACCGAGGAGGCCCCGGCUACAACGCACAGGAGCAGAUUGCCUUUGAACAACAAAAGUACGAACAGCAACAAGCACGCCGGGCCAUUGAGUCGACUCGUGGAUUUGCACCAUAUCAACAAGGUGGCCCCACGUCCUGGGAAGGAAUGUACGAUGAUGUCCCGCAGCCGAAUAUCCCUACCGGCCCACAGGGCGGGGGCAACAUGGGUCGAGGCGGUGGUGGUAUUGGGCGCGGAAUGUCGCCAACUCAUAAUAUGCCGACACAACAUGGUGGUGCUAGACCAUCUCCUGGGAGCAACAAGAGCAUAACGCCACAGCCGCAGAGUGCUCCACCUGCAAACGCGCCCACUGGGCCCCGGAACGCUGGGAAGCCGGGCGCCAAUUACCGUGGUGGGGGACGGGGUUCUCACCGGGGAUUCCAUCCUUAUGCUCGCACAUGA